AUGAGCACUGUGCAGUUCCACGGGGACCUGUCUGCAGAGUUCGGAGUGAAGAGUGGCGUAAAGCUGGCCAGAAGAAGACGCAAGCCAUCUCCCCCCUGCAUCAGCAUAAAUGGAGAACUCGAAGUGGUCCACCAGUUCCAGUACCUUGGCUCAACAGCCUCAGACACCUUGUCGCUGGAUACUGAAAUCAACAAGAGGAUGGAAAAGGCAUUCACAAUCCUGUCAAAACUCACCAAAAGAGUCUGGGAAAACAAGCAUGUCACCCAGACAAAAAUGAGUGUGAACAAAGCCUUCAUCAUCAGUACUCUUCUAUACGGCAGCAAGUCCUGGAUAAAUUACUCCUUGCAAGAAAGGAAGCUUCAAGUGCUCAGAUGUCUUCCCAGGAUUCUCAGGAUCUCAUGGCAAGACAGGGUGUGCAACAACGAAGUUCUUGCCCGCGCAGAUCUCCCCUCCAUGUACGACUUGCUGCACCAGAAACGCCUGCGCUGGCUUGGCCAUGUCCACAGGAUGGACGAUGGACGCAUUCCGAAGGACCUCGUGUAUGGAGAGCUGGCCACCUUUCCUGAAAGAGAAGCAGAAAGCGCCCUUGACCGCGCCAGAGGGAUGUCUGCAAGCGCGACUUGA